CGAGAUGUAAAGGUACCAGCGGUUCACCAAAGUCUUGUCUAGAUUUUAAAAAUAGUGUUGGCCUAGCCAUGAUCAAAGCAUUUGCUUGAUAUCCUUCCUAAUAAAAGCAUGGAAAUCUCAAGAAUGGGAAUACUCGUAUUAAUUGUUGGCGAUCCGCUGACUAGAUGUUAAGUUGUUAAUUGAUGUUGACCGGAAAAGGGUUGGCAAGGCGCCGAUCGAAUCGAGGCUCUCGACAAGGUACUUCUUGUAGCCGCCGCAAUCGUCUCUGCUCCUCAAUCACCAACUUCCCAACCUCCCCUCCACCCCCAACACAUAGGCGGCUAUUCAACGUGGGACCUGUACGCUUACUUAAAAUUUCUCCGGUUUCACUUGUCCACAACCUGAGACACCUGUGCCUUUUGGCUUUCAUACUGCCAAACUCGCUGAUCCACUGGGCUCCCGCUCUCGAGUCGCUGGGCGCUUCUCUAGGACGACACGAGCCGCUUACCGCAUCUGCGCCGUCGCAUAAGCUUGGGCGCAAGGCGAUCGAGCGGAACACGCUGGUCGGAGCCGGUCUCUAUGAGCCUUUCAAGGAGGUUGAGGUCGUCGAGGUCGCAUUCCCCCCGGAUAAGCUCCGGAGCGCAUCCCUCUGAGCCACCCCAUGGUGGUGCGGGUGUAGCGCACUCAGGAUGGCCGCCUUCGUGCGAGUGUCGGGGCCGCCGAAUGGCAAUUUUCUGAUCGGGUAUCCAGGUAUCUCUGCAACGAUGGUAGGUUGCUAUGUCCCUCUCCCCUGCUCCCCUUGAUAUGGCCUGAGCGUCGCAA